CUGCCUCGCAGGAGGAGUGGCUUCCACGUGCCCUGCCUCAAUUUCCCCGACUGUAAUGGAGGGGUGGGAGGCGUCUCCCGGCGGUGCCAGGCGCCACCGCUGCUCGGAAAAUGCCUAAUCCCAGAGUGGAGUCGGCUCUGGGAAAUUACUCUUAUCCAGGAUUUGUGCUCCUUUCUGCCGGUGCACUACUGUUGAAAACCCUUCUUCCUUCCUUCCUCCUCUCCCCGCCCCCGCCCCAGACCCUUACCCCCAAUACUGUUUUACCCCUGCAGCCUUUAUUCCUUUUAUGCUUGGCUUCCCUGAGCCCCCAUGGGGAACCUGGUGCCCCUUCAGAGAUGACCUGGCUCCCCAUCCCUGCAGACCAAUGCCCCGUCCUUGCCCUCUUUCCCCCAUUCCAACCCUGGCUUCAAGCCUCCCUCCAAUUCCACCAUAGCUUUCCUUGCUAUCAGAGUCCUAGAUCCUCAUCCUUCCUCAGAGUACCAGGGAGGUCCUUGGCCAUGGGCCAGCUGAGCUGGAAGCUUUCCUUCUCCUCCUCUUCCUUUUCCUCCCCCCAGUGGAAUUGAACCUUGGGUCCUGCCUUCAGGCCCUGCACUGGUUAGGUUGACCUCUCCCCUAUCUGUAGUCCUAGAGACCCAAGAACCAGCCAAACCCAGCCGUAGUCCAGGUGGCCCCUGAAGCCUCAGGACCCGAAGGCCAGCUGGGAUGGCAGCCCCCAGUGGCCACACAGUAUUCACACACAUCCUGGUGGCUCUCUUUGCCAUGGGUUCCUGGAUUGCCAUCAAUGGGAUCUGGGUAGAGUUGCCAGUCCUGGUAAAGGACCUACCUGAAGGGUGGAACCUUCCCUCCUACCUGUCAGUGCUGGUAGCCUUUGGAAACCUGGGACCCCUGGCUGUAACACUGUGGGGUCGCCUGUCAAAGGGUGAACUGGGCCCAAUCCGGGCAGUGCAGGCUCUGGGUGUGGUGGGCAUGGCACUGCUGGCUCCUCUGUGGUCCCAUGUGGUACCUAUGGCAGGGCAGCACCAUGCUGUGGCCUUCCUAGCAUUAGCCUUUGCACUGGCCCUGAGCUGUUGUGCCUCCAACGUCACUUUCCUUCCCUUCAUGUCCCAUCUGCCCCCAUCCUUCCUCCGCUCAUUUUUCUUGGGUCAGGGUCUUAGUGCCCUGCUGCCCUGUGGGCUGGCUCUGGCCCAAGGUGUGGGCCACCUAGAGUGCCAACCAGCCUCCUCUUCCAAUUCUGGGGUUUCCACCUUGCAAUCCUCAUCAGGUCCCAAUGUUUCUCUCUCCCCUGGCAUCUCCCCAUCAGGCCACAUGGUGCCUGUCUACUUUAAGGAGCACUUUUCAGCCAGCACCUUCUUCUGGGUGAUAACCAGCCUGCUUGCUAUCUCAGCAGCAGCCUUCCAGGGACUGCUGCUCUUGCUGCCAUCUGCACACACCACAGUUACCCCUAGGAAUGAAGGGCAGGGGCAGGAAGCCAUCCCAGAGGAAGAGGCGUCACCACUUCGGGAGCCAGGAGAGGAGAUUGGGACACCUGAGCCAGAGUCAGAGAAAAGAACCCAGGCUCCACUGGAGCUGUGUUCAGUCAGAGGAGCCUGCUUGCUGGGGCUGCUGGGGGCCACAAAUGCCCUGACCAACGGGGUACUGCCUUCUGUACAGAGCUAUUCCUGCCUGCCCUAUGGGCGCCGGGCCUACCACCUGGCUGUGGUGUUAGGAAGUGCCUCCAGUCCCCUUGCCUGCUUCCUGGCCAUGGCUGUCCUCUACAGGUCACUGCCUGUUCUGGGUGUCCUUUCACUGCUGGGUACCUUUUUGGGGACCUAUGUGAUGGUGUUGGCAGCCCUGAGCCCCUGUCCCCCCCUAGUGGGCACCUCUGCAGGUGUAGUCCUUGUGGUGCUGUCCUGGGUCCUAUGCCUGGGCACCUUCUCCUACGUGAAGGUGGCAGUGAGCUCACUUCUGCAUGGUGGUGGCCGAGUUGCGCUGCUGGCAGCAGGCAUUGCAAUCCAGAUAGGUUCUCUAAUGGGGGCUCUUGCCAUGUUCCCCACAACGAGCAUCUACCAGGUCUUCCACCGGAGCCAGGACUGUGUGGACAUGUGCAGCCCCUGAUGAUCCCUGAGGGGUUUGUUGGGAGUGCCCUUCCCUUCUCUACCCCCUACCCUCCCAGGAGUAAAGUAACUCCAUCCCUGCUGGAGCAGCAUGUGCCUUAUUCCCUUCGGUGGGUGAGGUGUCGUCCCUAGCACAAUUCCCAUCUCUCAGGGACGGACCAAUUGGCUUAGGUGUCACAGUGCCCCUACCCCCCUGGAACCCUUCUCCCCAACCAAAAAGAAAAAACAAACAACCUGACCCAAACUUAGGAAUAGAGACUGAGGACCAAAGACAGAGAUUCUGUUGUUUUCCCUCCUGGGAAGCUUCCCUAUUGGCCCCCCUCGGGUCACUUAUCCUCUUGGUCCUAGAACUGAACAAAGUUCAGCAGACCUCUCCAGAGACCGGCUGUGUAGAAGGCCUUGGGCUGGGGAUUACAGAGAAGACAGCUGACAAUUCCUGGGCAUAUGGGAGCAGGUGACAUUCUACACAGUGUCCCUCAGACUCAGACCCCAAGUCCAGUUACAACUAUAAUUUUAGAAUAAAAGUUCUAUUUUCUAUCUGA